CGGUACACCACGGCUCUCGGCGUGGGCGGCAUGGAGGAGCGCAGCGACCCCGAGCCUACCCCGGGCUGCAGCGGCGCUAGCCCGGGGCCCGCUCGCGCGGGCGGCGGCGGCGGCGGCACCCCCCGCACGUGGGCUCCCGAGGACGCCUGGAUGGGCACACACCCUAAGUACUUAGAAAUGAUGGAAUUAGAUAUAGGAGAUGCCACCCAAGUUUAUAUAGCAUUCUUGGUUUACCUGGAUCUCAUGGAGAGUAAAAGUUGGCAUGAAGUGAACUGUGUAGGAAUACCAGAACUCCAGCUUAUCUGCCUCCUGGGCACUGAGAUAGAAGGGGAGGGGCUACAGACUGUGGUGCCCACACCCAUUUCUGCUUCCCUCAGCCAUAACAGGAUAAGGGAAAUCCUGAAGGCAUCGAGGAAACUGCAAGGGGAUCCAGAACUGCCAAUGUCUUUCACUUUGGCCAUAGUGGAGUCGGAUUCCACAAUAGUCUAUUAUAAACUUACAGAUGGAUUUAUGCUGCCAGACCCUCAGAAUAUUAAUCUCAGAAGAUGACAUCUGUCCUCUCAAUGCUGAGUUCAUGAAAGAUUGCAUUUGAGGGCCAUCACCGGCUUCGUCUUGUCUCAGCUAGUUCCAAGCCAUGAGCUUUCUUUCUUUCU